AUGCAGAUCGAACCAGGCCCAGCAUCAGCUUCUACCCCAGGCAGCGGCAGCGUCAGGACGGCCACCAGCUCAGCCCCAGCCAUACCACAGGUCAUCGCCGAACUUCAGAUGGGGCAGAUGCAACUGACAGCACAAAUGGCCCAAUUUACACAGGCAUUGGCGACCAUUCAGAUAUCAUUGACUUCUAUUUCGACCGCCGCCUCAGCUAUUGCAUCAGCCUCGGGAUCAUCCCAGAAGAACUCUCCAGCUUCAGCUCGAGCAGCAGUGGAGGCAGCCCAUCGUGUUCCAACCUCGCAGCAGCAGCAGGCUGCCCAGGCAGCUCACGCGGGAUCGCUCAGCCCAGACCACUUGCCAGACUUGACGGAUGCGGAGCUCAAAGCGUGCAGAGCAUUGUCUGGUCAGCAGCGCAGCUCCCCACCAGCAUGGCAAGUGGCAGCAGGUACCAUGCCCGGCCAGGUCAAGUUAUUCGACGCGUUCAAACAGCAGCAGAAGGGCACAACGAGACCACCAGAGGAGCCCGCGGAGGAGGAUCAGCCACCGCACAAGUUCAACAUGGUCGACAUUAUCGAGGAGACCAACGCAGCAGGAUCCAAUGCAGAGGCGGGGUUUACUUCGCCGACGGCAGCGGCCUGA